AUGACAGGAAGGAACCAAACUGUCAUCUCUGAGUUCCUCCUCCUGGGCCUGCCUAUCAAACCAGAGCAGCAAAACCUAUUCUAUGCCCUGUUCCUGGCCAUAUAUCUUACCACCGUCCUGGGGAACCUCCUCAUCAUAGUCCUCAUUCGACUGGACUGCCAUCUUCACACACCUAUGUAUUUAUUUCUCAGCAACUUGUCCUUCUCUGACCUUUGCUUUUCCUCUGUUACAAUGCCCAAAUUGCUGCAGAUCGUGCAGAGACGAGACCCAUCUAUUCCCUAUGCAGGCUGCCUGACUCAGAUGUACUUCUUCCUGUUUUUUGCAGACCUGGAGAGCUUUCUUCUUGUGGCCAUGGCCUAUGACCGCUAUGUGGCCAUCUGUUUCCCCCUGCACUACAGCACCAUCAUGAGCUCCCAGCUCUGUCUCUCCCUGGUGGUGCUGUCCUGGGUGCUGACCACGUUCCAUGCCAUGUUGCACACCCUGCUCAUGGCCAGAUUGUGUUUUUGUGGGGACAACGUGAUCCCUCACUUUUUCUGUGAUAUGUCUGCUUUGCUAAAGUUGGCCUGUUCUGACACUCAAGUUAAUGAAUUGGUGAUAUUCAUCAUGGGAGGCCUCAUUCUUAUCAUCCCAUUUGUCCUCAUCAUUGUGUCCUAUGCACGAAUUGUAUCCUCCAUCCUCAAGGUCUCUUCUGCUAGGGGUAUUCACAAGGCCUUCUCUACCUGUGGCUCCCAGCUCUCUGUGGUGUCACUGUUCUAUGGGACAGUUAUUGGAUUAUACUUAUGCCCAUCAGCUAAUAAUUCUACUCUGAAGGAGACUGUCAUGGCUAUGAUGUACACUGUGGUGACCCCCAUGCUGAACCCCUUUAUCUACAGUCUGAGGAACAGAGACAUGAAGGAAGCCCUGGGAAGAGUCAUUUGUAAAAGGAAAAUUCUCUUAUCUCUGUGACGAUGACAUUUGAAAUCAUUAUAUAAUUUUGUCCAGAAGAUAAAUUGACAUUGAUAUUUGAAUAUUAUUGCCGACUCUUUUUUCCUCACAUGGAACUUUGUGCUUCAAUGAAAUAUUACAUAAUUCCUUAGUA